AUGGGUAAUCUAGUGACAAUUCUUGAUCAACCAAACAUGACUAGACGGUCUGGAGCUAAACGGAAGAAGUUGGUGAUAAUUGCGUCCAUUGUGGGGUUAGUCAUUUUAUUGACGGUGCUUUUCACUACUUCCAAUCAAAGACUCUCUCUAAAGCAAUUUGGAGUACCUCAUGAUUCAAUUAUAUAUUCAGAAGAUGCAGGUCAAGAUUAUGAAGAGAAUAUUAAUGGAAGUGGAAGUGGAAAUGGAAGUGGAUCUAAAUUCCAACUGACAGAUGAAAUUGAAGAUCUUGAAAAUGAAGCCAAAGAACAUAAUCGUGGUGAUGUUAAAGAAGAUUUAAGAAAAUGGAAACAACAGAAAAUGGAUCAAGAAUUACAAAAGGGUAGUACAAGUGGUAGUAAAUCUGGUAGUACUACUGGUAAAAGUGGUAGUGGUAGUGGUAACUCAGCUGGUAAAAGUGGUACUGGCAGUGUUGCAGGUGCAGAUACCGGUAGUAGUACUACCAAUAAAAAUGGUAGAAAGAAACCAUUACCAAUCUCAGAUGAAGUUCCAUCUAUAGAACAACAAAAGGAUGUUCCAAAAACAAAAAAACUUAAACCAUUCCAAAAAGGUAGUAAUAAAAUAGAAGAAGAAGAAGAUGAAUAUCCUAUAAGUAAGAAUCCUAAUGGUUUCUUAGGUGAUAUUGAUGAAUUGGAUCCUGAUGAAAAGGAAAUUGUGGGUGAUAUAUAUGAUAAAUCAUCAACAUCAGCCGAUCGUCAAAUUGUAGAAAUUCCAGAAGGAAUUCCACCUCCAGGUCAAAAAUUCGAUAAAGUAUCUAUUGAUGUGGUUGAAUAUCCAUCCGGAUCUAUUCCAUCAGAUUUUUAUAGAAUUAAAAUCAAACCGUUCAAUUUCAGAAUUUAUAGUCAUAAUAUUAAAAAUGGAGCUGAUAAAAAAUUAAAUCCGGGUGAAGAGAUUUGGGCUACUAGAUUCAGAAUGAUUGCUGCUUCGAUUAAGUUCAAUUGUCAAUUCAAUUGUGUGGUUGCCUUACAAGAAGCUUAUAAAUUCCAAUUGAAUGAUAUCUUAAAAGAAUUAAAUCGUUAUGAAGAACCAAAUACUUGGAGUUAUUAUGGUGUGGGUAGAAUUGAUGGUAAAGUUUUAGGUGAACAUGUUCCUAUUAUUUAUAAAACUACUGAAUUUGAACUUAUUUAUGGUGAUAGUUUUUGGCUUAAUGAAGUAAAUCCUCGUGUUUCAACAGUUGGAUGGGAUUCAGCUUAUCCAAAAAUAGCUUCAUACGUGACUUUAAAACAUAAAGAUAGUGAAAAUUAUAUAAAUGUAUUUAAUACUCAUUAUGAUUCCAAUGGUGAUGUUGCUAAAAUUCAAGCUUCAAAACUAAUUAUGGAAAAAAUGGAUACUAUAAAUGAAUGGCCAUCAUUUUUAGUAGGUGAUUUAAAUGCCGAAUCGAAUCAUAAAGCUUAUAAAUUUAUUAUUCAAUCAUAUAAUGAUGUGGCUAAAUUAGCUACUCCAUUCAAUACUUAUGGUCAUGAACGUUCAUCAGUGACAGGAUUUGAAGGUGAAGUUCUCUUAAAUGGAGGUCGUAAUAUAGAUUAUAUCUUUGCUCCAUCCUAUACUACCAAAGUGGAUGAUAAACCAGUUUGUGAUACUAUAGAGCCUAAUACUGCAUCUAACAAGAUAUCGUUACGUUUACAAAGUUGGGGAAUGCUACAUUCUAAGUUUAAUGGAAAAUAUAUGAGUAAUCAUCGACCAUUGGUGGCUGAAUUUUCCAUGGGUGGGAAGUGUUGA